AUAGAAUACGUUCGAGGGCAGACUUUGGAACAAGCUUGGGAUAUAAUGGAACCCAGUGAGCGGGUUACGAUUUGCCACGAACUGCGAACAAUAUAUAAACAUCUAUGUCGGCUUCAACAGGACCCUUCAGACACAUUCGUGGGGAACAUUUCCCGGGGUCCUCUCUAUGAUAGAGCGUUGCAUGAAAACUUCAUGCAUGAAGCGGGACCAUUUACGACGGUCAAGGAUUUCCAUAACUGGUUCACGUUUCUCCACCGGAGACCGAUGGCUGAUCCAUACUCGGUACCAAUAGAGCCAUUUCGCCACGAACUGCCAGACAGUUGUGCGAUCAAGUUUACCCAUGGUGAUCUUCAUCGCAGCAACAUCAUUGUCACUUCCCAGCGGCCGUAUCGUACCCUGGCUAUUAUUGACUGGGAGCAGUCGGGCUGGUUACCUGCUUACUGGGAGACACGCAAGGCGCAAUACACUGCAGAUGGGCGCGAAGAAUGGUCCACAAAGUUUUUGCCGAUGAUAUUAGAUGAGUACACUGCCACUUGGGAUCCGUGGGAUUACUAUACUACGGAGAUGGGCUGCUAG